GGGUGGAAGUGCAUUAACUUGGUCUCCACCUAAAAGAUCUCUCAUUUUUCCUAGGCUGUUGUGGUUACAGAGAGACCUGGAUAUUUCAGGAGUUGUGUGUGUAAACCACACUGACUUUUACCCAAUUUCAGGAAAAAGACCUUCCAUCAAGAGAACUAACCACUGCUGUUUCCUUGCUGCUCUGAAACAGAACUUCUUAGAGAAACAAUGCUCCAUUCAACGUUGGCCUUGUCUCUCCUGCUAAUUGCAGUCUCAUCCAACCUUGCUAUGGCAAUCAAAAAGGAAAAAAAAGCACCUCAGACGCUAUCAAGAGGCUGGGGAGAUGAAAUAACCUGGGUACAAACUUAUGAAGAAGGGCUUUAUCAAGCUAAAAAAAGUAAUAAGCCACUGAUGGUCAUUCAUCAUUUGGAAGACUGCCAAUACUGCCAAGCAUUGAAGAAAGCUUUUGCUGAAAAUGAAGAGAUACAAGAAAUGGCCCAAGACAGUUUCAUUAUGCUGAAUCUCAUGCAUGAAACCACAGAUAAAAACCUGUCACCUGAUGGACAAUACGUGCCUCGAAUCAUGUUCAUAGACCCAUCUCUCACAGUGAGAGCUGAUAUCACAGGAAGAUACUCUAAUCGACUGUACACUUAUGAACCACAAGACAUACCAUUCUUAAUAGAGAACAUGAAGAAAGCACUACGCCUCAUUCAGACAGAACUGUAAUCAACAGUGAAAUGAUCAUAACCUCUAGAAGGUGAAGCUGCACCAAGAAUUCCAACACUUUUAAAUAUUUUAUUUAGCCUCUUUCUCUGCUAUCUCUUUGAAUCCUUACCAACCAGGUAAACCAGAUUACAUGAGAUGUAUGAUUUGAAGAUGAAAUAUAGGAGGCUACCAUUACCAUUUGGGAAACAGAGAAGAAAUCCACCAAACACUGUGAGGUGGAAUUAGCAACCUGAAUAAUUAGAAGUGAUGGUCUAAGAUGCAAGCAACCUUGAGCUGUAUAUUAUCAAUUGAACUGUGGCUUUAUUGUCAGCUACAACUUCCAAUCAAGAGCUAUAGACAGUACUUGAUGUCUAUUAACAAUGCAUGAUCUAAGUUAUUAGCUACUUCUUACCUCCUAUAUUUUAUUUCAUGUAGCUUGUAAAUCUCUAGCAUGACUCAGUUUUAUGCAUUUAUUUCUCAUUAAAGGAAUAUUGCUGGCAAAUCAGACAGGAAGGCUCUUGCUGUAGAUUUUAGAAUAGCUAAUAGAGAAAAAAACCCUCAGAUCUAGGGUUUGCUUUCUUCUGUAUCAUUCUUUAGAUAUUAUUCUUCUUUAUCAUUCUUCUUUACAGGAAGGGUAGUUAAACACUGGAAUAGGCUCCCCAGGGAGGUGGUUGAGUCACCAUCCCUGGAUGUGUUUAAGAGCUGUUUGGAUGCGGUGCUCAGAGAUAUGAUU